CCACAGGGUGGCACCUUCCUAUUUCUCCCCAGCCACAGCCCUCCCCUCACAGUUGAGCAGCUGUUUGCCUGAAGUUAAUUUCCAGAAGCAGGAAUCCCCAGAGCCGGGCCGGGGGGAUGAACCGCGAGGGAGCUCCCGGGAAGAGUCCGGAGGAGAUGUAUAUUCAGCAGAAGGUCCGGGUGCUGCUCAUGCUCAGGAAGAUGGGAUCAAACCUGACGGCCAGCGAGGAGGAGUUUCUGCGCACCUACGCAGGGGUGGUCAACAGCCAGCUUAGCCAGCUGCCACAGCACUCCAUCGACCAGGGUGCAGAGGAUGUGGUGAUGGCAUUUUCCAGGUCGGAGACAGAAGACCGGAGACAGUAGCUACAAACCCCUUGGAACACUCUGGAAGCUGUUCAGGGCCAAGAGAUAUUCGUGGCUUCUUAGCCGGCUGAGUGGCAGCAGACCACCCUGCCCCACCCCACCCCUCCCCUCCCCACCCCGUCCCACCCCACCCCAUGGCCACCCAGUGGGCCUGCAUCCAGGGAGACACCAGUGGUGCAGUUCACAAUUGGCUUAAAGGGACGGACUCAUGAUUGGCUUCAGGAAGAAACCUUUUUAUUUUUAAAUCUUGACCAACAGAAACCUUUUAUUUUUAUUUCUGACUCUUAUUUUUUUAAAAAUUUGCGCCUCGGUAUCUGGCUUCCCAGGAAGCCAUCCGAGCUCUGGUGCUUUAGUUAGGUCAUUUUUAAGAAAUGUGAAGAGGUCUGAUUGGCUGCCUACGCUGGAAAGGGAUUAUGAUUGGCUGGUUAAUGGGAAACGGUAUUUUUCUUUGAUUGGCUGCCGGUGUUCUGCUGAUAACCACAGCUUCUCUAUUUUGAAUGCAGAAAACAGGGUCUGAGACGUUAGCUGUUCUAUUUGACUUGAAAAAAAAAAAAAAGAAAGAAACCCAGUGCGCUUUGCCAUAUUUAUUACACGGAGAGCUUGCUGCCGCC